AUGGCGGUGGUUGUGUUUGUGACAUUGGCGGCCAUGGCUAUCGCAGUGGCCGGCGACCCAUCGGAAGCCACAAUAGUGAAUACUAAUAAACAUGGAAAAAGAAAAUGCAUACAAGGUUGGGAGUGUAGUACCCCGUCUCCACAUUGCUGCGGCUACAAGAUUUCGGAUUUCUUUAAGGCCGAUGAUUUUGAGAAGCUUUUCCCCCAAAGGAAUUCGCCGGAGGCCCAAGCAGCCUUCUUUUAUAGCUAUGAGUCCUUCAUCCAAGCCUCCGCCAUGUUUCAGCCGCAGGGCUUCUGUACCUCCGGCAACAAGACAAUGCAGAUGAAGGAACUUGCCGCUUUCUUUGCCUUUGUUGCCGCCCAAACUUCUU